AUUUUAUUUUUUGGGUCCUUUUGGGCCUAUACACGACUCAGCUGAGUCCACUUGGACUCAGCUAAGUUACUCGCCUCGGGCCAGGGCCAAGUCCAUGGUCCGAGGUCCUAGGAAAAUUAGAAAAACAUUGCAAAACAGGAUAGGUCAUUAUAUAUAAUUUUAGUAGUUUUCUGUUUUUUCUAAUUCAAUUGCAAAAUUUGAUGUGCCUGUGACAUUUUUAUGCUUGAAAACUCAUCCUUUGUUCUACAAAAUGAUAUUUGGAACCGAACAAUGGGUUAUUUCUGGGGUUAGUUCUAGUUCUGUAAUGAAAAUUAUUUGGGGAUGUUCGAAAAAUAAAAAUGCCUGCUAAUAAUCAGAUUUCUUUUCCCUUGAUUAAUAAACUUAAAUAAUUGAUGAGCAAACAAGAGAAAGUAUGGGCAAGGAUAUGUUUGCAUCAGAUGGCACUUCGAAAUAUGGUUCCGCAUUGUCAAAGGCCAGCAUUGUCUUUUUGUCCUAGAAAUGCAACGCUCUCCAAAUCCAGAUUUUCUUGUCAUAUGGAUUACGGGCAUCAGGAGUUUCCUAUUAGGAUUCCUGUCUUAAGAAAAUUGAAUAAAAAGUUUCCAGCUGUGGUGAAUGCUAUAACCCCAGGUGUGGAAAAUGUUGACAUAUCUACUAGUGCUUCUGAAAACUUCGCAGUUGUUGCUAAUGUCUCUAAAGCUAGAGAGAUAAAGAUGAAAGUUGUUGUAUCUGGUGCUAAGACGCAGAAGAUUUUUGAUGAAGUUUUUUCCAAGCUAGUUGAAGCUGCACAACCCAUUCCAGGGUUUAGAAGGGUGAAAGGAGUACUGCUGUUCUCUCGAUUCCUUGGCAUGGACAUCUUGGGGUACUCAGGAAAGACACCUGAUAUACCCAAGCACAUUCUCUUGCAGAUCCUUGGACCAUCAAAAGUUUAUGGCCAUGUAAUCCGAGAGGUUAUUAACUCCACUGUUGCGGAAUAUGUGGAGAAGGAAGAAUUGCGUGUCACUGAGGAUCUGAGAGUUGAUCAGAGCUUUGAAGAACUUGAAGCAUCUUUUGAACCAGGAAAUGAGUUCAGUUUUGAUGGAGCGGUUUGGUUACACAAAAUGGAUUCUUAAAAGUUGUGCACCAGUAAUUAUUGGUGUAUUGUUAUUUUUGAGAACUUGCUCUCUCUCUCUCUCUCUCUCUCUCUCUCUCUGCUGCAUGUUUUCUUGUCAUCGGCCUCUUGUUGUUGUUGUUGUGUGUCUCAUUUGUAUGAUACUUCUCAAUUCGUUAAUCUCUGCUGCGUCUUUUCUUGUCAUCGGCCUCUUGUUGUUGUUGUGUCUCAUUUGUAUGAUACUUCUCAAUUCGUUAAUGAUGGAAAAGAAUUAGUUGA